GAGAUUUGAUUUCUGAUACAGACAGACAGACAGAGCUCUUAACACACACACACACACACACACACUGACACGGUUUUGUGUUUCACCCUUUCAUUUAAUACCACUUUAUAUUACGCCCCUUCUCCUUAACCUUGUCCACACAAUUCAAUUGCCUGCUCUUUCCAUUACAAUACCCCUUCUCUCCCUCUCUCUCUCUCUCUCUCUCUUUCUCCUACUGCCAUGGCUAGAACCCCUGUUUUCUCCCGCCGGCGAAGGUCCGAUCAAAUCGACGCUUUAGAUCGCUUCCCCAUCUCUGAUUCCGAGGUCCAUGUUCUCGCCGUUGAUGACAGCCUCGUCGACCGUACAGUAAUUGAGCGUCUCCUCCGCCUCACCGCUUGCCGAGUUACUGCAGUGGAUAGUGGAAUUAGAGCUCUACAAUAUCUCGGAUUGCAAGAUGAACCUAAUUCCCAAGUUGGUUUUGAUGGGUUGAAGGUUGAUAUGAUUAUCACCGAUUACUGCAUGCCCGGAAUGACAGGCUACGAAUUGUUGAAGAAAAUUAAGGAAUCUUCAACUCUGAGAGAGAUUCCGGUGGUGAUUAUGUCGUCGGAAAACGUGGUGGCGAGGAUAGACAGGUGUUUGGAGGAAGGGGCAGAGGAUUUCAUAGUGAAGCCGGUGAAAUUAUCAGAUGUGAAGCGGCUCCGGGAAUAUAUGGUGGGGGACGAAAAGAUUGGAAGUGAAAGGAGUGGGAACAACAAAAGGAAGCUACGAGAACCGUGUGAUGAAGCCUCAUCAUCACCGUCCAUUUUAUCACCAGCACCAUCUUCUGAUUCCUCUCCAUCACCGUCAGAUUCGGUUCAAUCCAUCACCCCAUCAUCGUCAGAGCCAUCUUCUCCGACGUCCACUCCUCAAUCGGACGACUCUAAAUGACUGCCACUGAAUCAGGAAUACCGUGCGAGAAUAGUAGCCUAUCAUUCCCCCCCACCUUGUUAUUAUUUCUUUUUCUUCUUUAAAAGAAUUAAAUAUCUUCCUCUUUUUUUCUUCA